AUCUGCAAAAUGCCACAAAAAUACCAUGAGCAACAAACUGUGUUUGGCCCACGCGAGCUACUGGAUAAAGAUGACUAAAUAUAUCUAUUAGCAUCGCGAUCACCAGAGGCCAGUUAUGGUUGUCACUGUUAGUGAUACAAAUGCACGUGUAAGAAAUUCCUGGACUAGAACCCGACUCGUGGUCCUGGCUGGAGAUGGAGCUCAACAGUGAGGGUGUGAGGCGACUGCUUGGCAAGUACAAGUUCAGGGAUCUAACUAUGGAAGAACUGAAGACUGUCAAUAUGUUUUUCCCACAUUUCAGAUAUUCCACGGAUACCUAUGUUUUCAAAGAUAGUUCCCAGAAAAACCUGCUGAAUUUCACUGGCACUAUUCCUGUGAUGUAUCAGCCUAAAUCUGUCAUUGUUGGAUGAAUUAAAGAAAUGAUUGCCAAGUUUCAAGAAGAACUUCCCCUGUAUUCUCUAUCAUCAUCUGAUGCGGCACAGCAGGCAGACUUGCUAGCCUAUAUUGCAAAAAUCACUGAAGGUGUCUCAGAUAUAAAUUCAAAGAACUGGGCAAAUCAUGAGAAUAAAACAGUCAAUAAAAUUACCGCGGUUGGCGGUGGAGAACUGGGAAUUGCCUGCACAUUAGCAAUUUCAGCAAAGGUGGCGAUCUUCGCAGUCAACUCUCUGGGUAGUUCUCAGUCCUACCUCGACGUGGUACAGAGAAAUGUGGAUAUGUUCAGAGCCUUUGUUGCAGCUCUGGGACAUUAUCGUCCACAUGGCAUCCUGCUCGUUGCAUCUCAACCAGCGGAAAUCAUGACCUAUGUGACGUGGAAACUGAGUGCAUUUCCUGCAAACCGAGUGAUUGGAAUUGGUUGCAAUCUGGAUUCACAGAGAUUACAAUAUAUUAUUACAAAUGUUUUGAAGGCACAGACUUCAGCAAGAGAAGUAUGGGUUAUUGGUGAGCAGGGAGAAGACAAAGUUCUGACAUGGAGUCAGGAGGGAGAAGGCGAGAUCAACCCCGAAUCAGCGAAAUCCUAUCUGAGAACUGGCAGGGGGCUUAGAGACAUCUCAUCAACCUUCUUCUCUCACCGAAGGAGCACUUGCACCUCAGAGAGGUCAAGCGAUUUGCCUGAGGUCACACAGGUAGGACGAGAAGGCAAAACUCCCUUCUGGGGUGUGCAGGAGGGAAUUCCAGGGAGUCAGAAGUGAAUACCCUCUGCUCAGCUCUUUCCCCAAACUUUCAAAGUUGGCUCACCACAACAGUGAGCUCAGAACCCCUCAGCGCCCCAAGCUCAGGGGCCCUAC